AUGAGGACCCUGGGGCUGAGCCUGGGGCUGGCCCUGCUCUGCUUGCUGCGCGUGGAGGCUGAGGACGCUGGGGCUGUGGGGCUGGACAAGAGCAAGGUUGCAGGGAAAUGGUACAUCAUUGCUCUGGCCUCCGACUCCGAGGGCUACCUUCAAAAGAAGGACAAGCUGAAGAUGGCGAUGGCCACCAUUGCAGUCCUGGGGGAGGGCGACCUGAAGGUCUCCUUUGCCAUUCCCACCCCGGAGGGAUGUAAGAAAUCGGAGGCGAUCUACAAGCAAACAGGGGUCCCGGGUGAAUACUACAGCUCUGAGAGAGGCAAUAAAACGGUGCAGGUGGUGGAUACCGACGGCAAGACGUACGCAGUUAUCUUUGCCUCCAGAGUGAAGGACGGCAGGACCUUCCACAUGCUGAGGCUCUACAGCAGAACUCGGGAGGUGAGCCCCAAAAUCAUAGCGCUGUUCAAGAAGCUUGCGAGGGAGAAGAGCUUCACCGAUGAGAUGAUCAGGAUACUGCCCAGCCAGGAGGAAUGCAGCCUCGAUGAAGCGUAG